AUGCUCGACUUUGACGAAGGCGUGCUAAACAAGAUGGAGAAGGGAUGGGCUAUUGCGACGCGCUGCUCAGAACAAAGACUAAAGAGAAUAUACGAAUGGACAGACGCAGAGCUCAAUACAGCCAUCAAGGAAGGGAUGGUGAUGCUGGAGACUGUUUGCGUGUUUGUGCACGGAUGUAUCAAGUCAGGACAAUACAAGCUUCCAGCUGAAUUUUGGAAGAUUCUUCAUGCCGAAUAUGGCAUCGUCGUUUAUCCGUCAGCCUUGACAGAGAGCAUUGCUGCUGUGGGCGUGGGAGCGGCUCAGACCUUCUCGGAGGUAUACAGCAGUCAUAUUGUCAUGCUUGGAAAACGAGAUACAAACCAUCCACCGCUUUGCCCGUUUGAAUAUAUAAAGGAGCCGCUGCCGGUAUACGAGAAAUGA